CCGCGCAGGCCGCGUGCGUCCGCCACGUUCCCCGGUUCAACGCACUUGCUCAAAACAAUAGUGCUUUUGCAUACGAUGAGAUGUGGAGUUCCGUGGACGGUAGCGGGAGCCCCGGCGCUGCGCCGUGCGCGCGCGGCAAGCACUCUGCCACAUUACUCGGAGGAUACGUUUACAUCCUGGGAGGAAGAGGAGGUGGCGGCUCAGUGCCGCUGAGGGACUUCUGGAGAUACUGCUUAGCGACGGGAGAAUGGGAGCGCCUAGCAUGCCGUGGUGAGCCUCCACCCUCAUUGCAGGAGCAUUCCUGCAUCGCUCACGGCAACAAACUGUAUGUCUUCGGAGGUGAAGCUGGUGCGUUGGGUGAUACGCCUCUCUGGGUCUACGAUACUGAGCUCGGCUCAUGGCGCAAGCUGCCCGGCCAGCCAGCUCCACCCGGGAGACGCGGCCCGCGAGCGCGGGGCGGGGGGGCCGGACCUAGAGGCCGACGUGGGCAUUCUGCUCAUGCGCUGAAGGAUUGUCUGCUGGUCUUCGGGGGAUAUAAGGAUUUGAGGGGGUCUACUAAUGAGCUGUGGGCUUUUCACUAUGAAUCGGAAUCGUGGCACCAAGUGCGAACAGCGAAUGCGGGUCCAGCUCGGCACCGACAUGCAGCUGCUCUUCACGACGCGCGUCUAUACGUGCAUGGUGGACAGAGUGACUUGAGGGCCUGUGCUGACCUGUGGCACUAUGACACCAUGUCUCGCGUCUGGACAGCAGUGCGUCCCGCCCGGGGCUCCCGCGGCUGGCCGGGCGCGCGCGUGGGGCACGCGGGGCUUCGUGCGGGGGCACACCUGUACAUCUUCGGGGGAGAAGCUGACGGGCAUGCCUGCAAUGAGCUGUGGAGAUUUCACUUCGCAACCGAGACAUGGGAGCGCAUCGUGCAGAGCGUAAACUGGCCUUCUCCGCGCGUGGACUGCUGCGCUCUCCUUGUCCCCGGGGCUCCGCGCCGCAUCCGCUCCGCGCCCGCCCCCACACCCGUCGCCACCCGUCCAGACCCCCCCGCGAGUCUCCUCAAAGAACUUUCUAGACUAUCCUCCAUACAUAUGCGUAGAGCCGCCCGCUGUAGCUACUCCGCCCUAGGUCAAGAUUCCACGGAAAGCCUAGCAAACUCCCAGCUAUCAAAAUCACAUUCUUCCUACGUCAUAGAACGCUCGAGCGACGCUGGCCCGAAAGAAGCCGACGAGGCCGAACGCUUCCGUUCUGAUAUCUCUCGGGAACCUAUCUCUGUCCCAGAUUUCGCCGACAUGGUAUUACCGACUCCAGUGUUAUCCCCAGUCGAGGCCGCUAAGCUAGUAUAUCUAGACUCCGAUGAGGAAGAGGAUAUGAAGCGUGAAAUAGAGAGUAUGCGCAAAAAAGAUGACGUGCAAAUGCGACGGUUGGAUACCCCAAAAGUUGUGGCGAUUCCUAAAUCUGCGUCAGUCAGGUUUAGUAAAGAUGUGACUACUACUGAAGAGGAGGAGGGUGAAUUGUCGACAUCAGAUUACGCGAGCGCUGAACGAGUUAACAGAUUAUCAGGGGCAUCGCUCGGAUUCUGCAAUCCUCAUUACUUAGGGCCCGAUGUCCGAGCAUUAGCAGCAUUGACUCCUGACUCAGGAGUAGGAGCGGGGGAUAUCGAGCUGCACGAUCUAGGGGAGCGCCGUACGCGAAGUGCUCAGCGCAAUGGUGGGGACACCCAACUCCAUUUACUCCUGGUGGGAGGCCGAGAGCCGCCGCACGUGGCUCGACUCCAGAGCCCCCUGUCCCUCUGGACUUACAGGCUGUUGUAGAUUCGUCCGUUUUCUUGCUAGACUUAAAUAUAUUUUUCUCAUAAGUGAAGUUUUGAGAUUCGAGUGCUCGCGUUGGGGUUGCUAUUUUUGAUGUCUGUUAGAUCGUUACAAACAGGUGUUACUAAUAAAUGCAGGUUCCAUGCGAUUUGCAAACCGUUUUUCCACCAUCAGAAAGCAACCUCUGCGCGAAAACACUAUAAUAUAGGUACUUCUAGCGAUUCAGGAGCGUAAAACGCGUUCUCUUUUAUGUGUUCCACGUCCAAACGGAUCAAACUGCCAUUCAGGGAAAUGUUGGUAAUUUUUCAGGUAAGUAUAAGUAUUCGUGUUCUCUCAAAGGGUAGAGGGUAUUACGUGUUUAACGCUCUUGAGCGCUUCUAGCGUUGGCAGUAUGCCUUGUAGGAUAACUUAGGGAUCUGUAACGUCCAUUCUUCUAUCGAUUAAUAAAAUUAUAAUCAAGAAGCUGAUAUUAAGACUGGAGUUGCCACUUAUGUUUUAAGGGGGCAGCCAUCAUAAAAAAAUGCGAUUUUGCGUGACGUACUAUAUAGAUGGCCCCUUUUAACACCAGUCAAGGAGUAAGAAAAUUUACCUAUUGCACAAGAACGAAAUUGACAUUAUUCAAGGUCAUAUUUUCUUGCCUCAAAUGUUUAUUCCAAGGAAUCUCCAGAGUUUCACGCUUAUUAAGCACAAUGAUUGUCAACUUGAGAAAAAUAUCCAAUGCAACUAAAGUCUGACCAGAAAUAUAAUAUGACAAUUGUCAAGAGGGCGCUGUUAUUCUAAGGUAUGUUCACAGUUCAAUUUAGUAAGAAAAAAAUAGUUCUAAUGAAAGUCCGCAACAUGGCGCCUAGUCAUAUAUGUCUGGCCAGGCUUUAACUAAUAUCUCCGGACUUUAAGCUUAUUGAACGUUAAGGCGUAGCCAACUCAAGUAUUAAGGGAUACCUCUGUACAUUAAGUUGUUCGUUGUUCCGUUGUUUUUAUACUGUUUUAUUUGUAGACCAAUAUUGUUUUACUCGGUAAGUUUACUAUUAUGUUUGUAUGUAUUCGGUCAACGUGGAAUACUGGCCCCGACAAUAACUUUCCCGGGAUAUUAAAAUAAUAGAAAAUUGCAAAAUCAAUCUAAUGGGGUGGGUGGGUGUAGUGGGGUGGGUUUCUAAUGGGGUGGCAACGCGCAUGUGACACUCUUUGAGUUGCAGGCGUCCAUAGGUUACGGUGACCGCUUUCCAUCAGGCGAACCGUAUGCUUGUUUGCCACCGACGUAGUAUAAAAAAAUCAUAACAGUGUCAGGGUCUGUCACUUUUUAACUUGUGUAAAAUUGGUAGAUCUUUCAACUAUAGAAUCCUUUCGCUUGCUCGUUUUUUAAUUCCACACUCGGCGUUAAAAUACAACUUUGCACUCUUGUAUAACAAAUAACUAUUUAUCAUAGCAACACCUAAUUUUCUUAUACUAAAAUGACUCAACAGUUGCCACAUGCAAAACAGUUCACAUGGCGCUCCUAUUAUUUUUUACUCUUUUUUGUCAGACAGUAAAUACAAUUUUAAAUAUACAUUAUAUAGGCAUUACAUUACAGUACAUAGCACCAGCGUAGAAAGUUACCUAUAUUCAGCCAAUGGAAACGGGUGAAAUUAUUGUCGGCGCCAGCGCCCUCGUUGACUAGACUAACGGUGGCACGCAACCGCAAGACUGAUUGAUAGUAGUAGAGUGUGGUACUGUUUCCACUGUUCUGUUGACUGUACUUAACACGUUCACUGUCCCGAAUACAAUUCUAAAACGUAUGGUUUUGUAAUAAGACUUGCCAACUCAUGUAGGGUAAAU